AUGUCUGGAAUCCAAGUUAGUCUGAACAAUGCCAAUCUCUGGAACAAGUUCAACAGUCCAAUGGAAAUGAUCGUGACUCGAAAGAACGGAAGAAAAAUGUUUCCAACUCUAGAAUAUUCUGUUCGAGGAUUGAAUCCUACUGCAAUGUACGAAAUUUACUUGCAUAUGGAGAGAAUGGAUGAUCAUAAAUACCGCUACAAAUACAAUGGAUGGGACGACUAUGCCAGAGCAGAUCCAAUCACUCCAAUCCAAAAAAUAAAACAUAAAAGUGGAGGACAAACUGGAAUGUAUUGGAUGGAUGGACCGAUUUCAUUUGAACAAGUCCGAUUGACAAAUAACUCAGAGAUGGAGAAAAAAGAUCAUAUUAUUAUUCAAAGUAUGCACAAAUGGCGUCCAGUGGUCACAAUUCGAGAAUUGAAAAAUGGUGACGAGGAAUUCAGAAUGGAAAAUGUGUGGUUCGUCGCUGUAACUAUUUAUUAUAAUCCAGAAAUCAAGAGUCUGAAAGUGGAAAACAACAAGAUGGCAUCUGGUUAUCGUGAAGCUGGACAUCACAAGACAACCGUUCUCCCGACACGUGGCACCAAACGUACUGUUUCUGAAGCCUUCCCAACGCCGCCAUUGAGUACAUCACCACCAUCGAAAAUUGCUCGUCACUUUCCAAAUCCAGGAAAUUUCGAAUUUCCGAAAAUGAAUCCAAAUGAUGGAAAUUCUCCAAUUCCGCAUCACCUUCCAAAUCAAGAAAAUUUUGAAUUUUCGAAAAUGAAUCCGAAUGGACAUUCUCCGAUUGCUCAUCACUUUCCAAAUCCAGGAAAUUUCUAUUUAGUAACUGAACAUCAAUAUUGGAUGAAUCCAUAUCAGAAUACGUGGAAUUGUGGAUACAAUAUGGGACAACAAAUCCCACAACCAAUGUUCGUUGUUGCGAAGUAG